UUGGUCAGCUCCAGUGGGCCGGCAGCAUACUUGGGUAGAGUACCUCAAUGACAUUAUUCCACUGGAGGUGAAGAGCCAAAUUAUCCACACGAAAAAACUAAAAUAAAUAUACCAUAGAAUUGUGUUGAAACCUCGGUACUGGCAGCGAUACGAGUUCACUCGCACUGUGGCUGUGGCGCACGGAGUAUGUGUGUUGUGUGAGCAUAGAUUUACCCAUAUCAAUAGUACGUACGGCUGGCUACGUUCGUUUAGUGGGUAUUGGUGGUGGUGGCCAACAAUUUUGCUCUUAAUCGCGUUCCAUUUCUGUAUCUACGCGGUAGCGCUUUUUCGAUUCCUCAAUGAAACGGUUAGCGACGAUUUUAGUGUAGUAAAGCGAUUUGUGUUUGUGUCUCGGAAAAAGUGAUUAUUAUUAGAAUAAAGUACAAAGUAUUUACAAAAAAUGAUAAUAAUUUUUCAAUUUGUGCAGUUAGUUUUAAAAAUAUAAAAUUUUUCAGUCUUCUUCAUUUGUACGUCUCCUACUACAACAACGCCUUCUUUGUUGGUGGAGGGUGUGUGAGUGCAAUUUGUUGUAAGAAGAAAUUCACCAUAGUGUAAAGCAAAGCCAUAAAGCAAAGUGUCGUCGUUUUGUGGGUAGUUUGUGUGCUCAAUUUACAUACAUACAAGUAUUUGUCUGCGAAUUCUUUAGUGUAACUGCAAUUUUAAGCGAUUUUCCUCCCCAUACCUUUUAAUUUUUUUUUUUUCAAUUCGGUUGGUGUAUCACUGCAAGGCAGCAUAGUGCGAAAAACGUAAGAAAGCAGAAAUACUACACUACCUUCGGUAUUGUUGUUGUUGUGGAAGAACACCCUUUUUGUGCUGAGACUUUUUCGUGUCAAGUUCGGUUGUUUGGUUGUAAUAUAUUCGCCAAAGUUGUCUACAUCUUCUACAUAGAUCUAAAUAGUUGCAGCAAAGCUGCGCGUAAGUUGGCUGCAAAAUUUUGUUCAAAAGCAAAACGAAAAUAAAAAACAUAAAUGUGCUUUUAAUAUUUUACUGCUCAAAUUUUACAUUAUAUGUAACUGGCAAAGUGCAACGCUGUAAUCGUAUAGUUGCAAGUAAAAGGAAUAUCUCACACAAUUUUUUACAAGUGAAAAAAUUGCAAGUGAAAAUAUAGUAUGCCACAACAACUGCCUGUAUUCAAGGAUAAUACGUAUAUACUACGUGUGUAUGUGCGUUGAAGUGCAUAUUGUUCUGAUUGCUACAGCGCAGAUUUUUGAUGUAUCGCCAUAAUUUGGUCACUUUCAUCGCAAGUAAAGGUCAUCCUUCAAACUAAAUUUCUAUAAAAUCCAAACUCAUUAACGGAUAAGCUAAGUUUUUCAUAUCGAUUUAAUGCAUCAGCGCGCAUUAAAUUUACUUCAAGAGAAACUGAGCGAGAUAACAUCAAUAACAACAACACCAAAACUAAAGUGAAGUAAUUAUAGAGAUUCAUAGUAUUGAUGACGGCCUACUAACAGCGCAUACGGACGCGUAUCCCCGCAGAUCCACAAACACCUUUCGCACAGCAAAUCACCGCAACAUUGAAGUGUUGGUGAAGGGAAGAAAGGAACUCUUGAACACGACGAGCAAAUUGUAUUGUAAGUCUGCGCGCCUAAAUGUAUGCAAACAAAAUAUAACAAAUAGUCUAGAGUCACACGCACACACAGAAACGCUCAUAAAUGUGAUAAUUAAUAUUGUUGGUGGUGGUGAUGGUGAUGGUGCUUUCGUACGUGUUAGUGCAUUUUAACUGAAAACAAAGCGAGAAAGAACGAAAGAAAGAAAGAAAGAAAAAACGAGAGUCCCCAAUUAGCCAUUUAGAGCCUAUUGCUGUCACUUUCGGAUCGAGCGCGCACGCAAGCUCACCACGCAAUGGGUGCCAAUGUAUCGCAGCUGGAGCGCGAGAUCGGCUCGGACUUGUUUCCACCCAACGAACAUUACUUUGGUUUGGUCAACUUCGGCAACACCUGCUACAGCAACUCUGUGCUGCAGGCGCUCUACUUUUGCAAACCCUUCCGAGAAAAAGUGCUCGAAUACAAGGCGAAGAACAAGCGACCGAAAGAGACGUUGCUCUCUUGUCUGGCCGAUCUAUUCUACAAUAUCGCCACGCAAAAGAAAAAGGUCGGUUCGAUUGCGCCAAAGAAGUUCAUUGCACGUUUGCGCAAGGAGAAAGAAGAAUUCGACAAUUAUAUGCAGCAGGAUGCGCAUGAGUUCCUCAAUUUCCUCAUCAACCAUAUCAAUGAGAUCAUUUUGGCCGAACGACAUGCCACCAAGAAUGGCAACAAUAUAAAUGGUGGCAGCGCCGGCGGCGUUGGCGGCACCUCCACUGCCAGCAAAUCUUCUUCGUCCACUAGCACAUCGACAACUGCCUCGAAUUCAACGUCCAACGGCACUUGCACCAAUUCGUCGGGUUCGCUGAAUGGUGUGGGCGUCGGCAUUGGGAUCAGCGACAAUGCUUCGACACCGACCCAAGCGAAUGCCGCCAACACCGAACCCACUUGGGUGCAUGAAAUUUUUCAGGGUAUAUUGACGUCCGAGACGCGUUGCCUGAAUUGCGAAACGGUCAGUAGCAAGGAUGAGAAUUUCUUUGAUCUACAAGUCGAUGUCGAUCAGAACACCUCCAUAACGCAUUGCUUGCGUUGCUUCAGCAACACCGAGACACUUUGUUCCGACAACAAAUUCAAAUGCGACAACUGUUGCAGCUAUCAGGAGGCGCAGAAGCGUAUGCGUGUCAAGAAGUUGCCAAUGAUAUUGGCGCUGCAUCUGAAACGUUUCAAGUAUAUGGAACAAUUCAAUCGGCACAUCAAAGUGUCGCACCGCGUCGUAUUCCCGCUUGAGCUGCGACUAUUCAACACCUCCGACGAUGCAGUCAAUCCAGAUCGGCUGUACGAUCUAAUGGCCGUGGUAAUACACUGUGGAUCGGGACCGAAUCGUGGACACUAUAUUAGCAUUGUUAAGAGUCAUGGACUUUGGCUGUUGUUCGACGACGAUAUGGUGGACAAAAUUGAAGCAUCAACCAUUGAGGACUUCUAUGGGCUAACAUCGGAUAUACAAAAGUCUUCAGAGACGGGUUACAUAUUGUUCUACCAGUCACGAGACUGCGCGUCCUCAUAGAGCGCGAAUAGGAAUAAGAGGAGGUUAAGAAGAAGUUAAGAAGAAGAAGAAGAACAUUUCAUGAAUUUUUAGAUUAAAAAAAAAUUAUUGUUUGUUGGCGAAAAUUUUCCGUAGAGGAAAGAUGGUUUAACGAAAGGAAGAACCAGUUAGUAAAAGAAAGUACGAACAAGUUAGUAAAGUAAAGUGAGACCAGGCUAGGAAAUUUUCGCAGGCGAGGCGAACAUCCUAACUUUUAAUUACAGAAUAAGUAGAUUCAGGAAAUUUGUUGAAAUCGGGCUGUUUUGUGGCAUACUUUCAGGAGGUGAAUGUUGAGGAUAUUCAAAUAAAAAGUUUACAGUUACAAUCUGACUUUUUUGGUUUAUCAGCAAACUGCAUUUGUGGAAUUUUCAUAAAACAACUUAAGUCGACUUACACUUUUUAGCUGUCAAGAAGAUUGGUUGAAAUCAGGUUAUUUUGUUGCAUACUUUUAGGGGUGAAUGUUACUGAUAUUCAAAUAAAAAGUUUACAGUUACAAUCUGACUUUUUUGGCUUAUCAGCAAACCGCAUUUGUGGUAUUUUGACAAAACAACUUAAGUGGACUUAACACUUUUUAGCCGUCAAGCUGUCAAUAAAAUUUUUUGAAAUCAGGCUAGAUUGUAGCAUACUUUUAGGAGGUGAAUGUUGAGAAUAUUCAAAUAAAAAGUUUACAGUUCCAAUCCGACUUUUUUGGUUUAAAAACAAACUGCAUUUGUGGAAUUUUGGCAAAACAACUUAAGUCGGCUUAAAACUUUUAGCUCUGAAGCCUCAAAUUGCAGCGCUUUAAAGCAAUAUUUGGUUUAUUAAUUAAACAUUUCUGUUUCGUAAGAAUCCAGUGUAAGAAAAAUAAUUAAAACUGUUAAAUAUUUCUAUGAAAAAUCCAGAUUCAUUCAUUCAAAAGCAAAACCAGUUAAACUGGAAUUAAGUUGUUUUUUAAAAAGUCUACAGAUAUGCACAAGGUGGUUCGUAUAGCGAUUUUUUUUUAAUUUUGACAGCUGAGAUUUUGGCAAAACAACUUAAGUCGACUUAACACUUUUUAAUUGUCAAGCCUCAAAGCGAUUUUUAGUUUAUUAAUUAAACAUUUCUGUGGUUUAAGAAUCCAAAAUUAAUCAAAAGUGUUAAAUUUUUUUAUGAAAGACUUAGAUUAAUUGAUUCAAAAGCAAAACCAGCUAAAUCGGAAUUAAGUUGUUUUGUAAAAAGUCUACAGAUAAUUAAAGGAUGGCUCAUAUAGCGAUUUUUUUCUCAUUUUAACAGCUAAGAUGUGUCAAAUAUGUCAGAGAUAGAAGGCAUAGAAAAAUAUGUUUUUUUUUUUAAUUUUAGCGGAAUUAAAUAAAUUCCAAGCUAAAAUAAUAUCCCUCAAAUUUCAGAUGUGUCAGAAAUUAAAAAAAAAAUCAUUUCAAAUUAAUUUUUUAACUACAGCCGAAUCAAAUUUAAUUCCAAGCGCUAGAAUAUCCACCUCAAAAUAACCAGUGUACAUUUUCCGAACUUUGCAGACAGUCUCUGAAAGAAAUAUGCAUUAUUCGCAUAUGAAAUAACAGCAUUCAAGCCACUAGGCGAUUUUUAAGCUGUUCCACUACAGUAGAAAUCCUUUUUUUUCAUCACACAUCAUAAAAGUAUGCAACACUAUUAUUGAAUGUUUUUUUUUUAUUAGACACUUGCGCUGCUGCACUCAACAAUGUUCGAUAUGGUUAUGAGACCUAUUGGGAAUAUCCCAAACAAAUUGUAUUUUAUGGAAGGUUCACUCCCUAAUUUAGAAAAAUUUACGCUAGCAUUUACUACAUAGCGGGUCGGAGGCGCUUAUAAGGCUACACUCGUGCUGAAAUAUUUCUGUUACCAAUUAUUGUAUAAUUAUGAGCUAAUUGUAAUCGUUUUCGAUUAAUUACGUUUAGUUAGUUUGAUUUGCAGUUUCACUAUGUUCACUUAUUUUAGCAAAUUAAUUAUUUUUCUUCAAAUGAAAUAACUGUUUCAUAGUCCAAACUACUAUGCACUUACCCAAAUAUGCGCAUUAGGGUGGGUGAUUUUUAUUUACCAACACCAUUUUUUAGCAGAUUCGGAAUCUACUUGAAAUUCUUAGAAAAAAAGGCCACUAGAGGUAAGAAAAAAAGUCUGCGAGAGCUAAGAAAAAAAGUCCGCCAGAGCUAAGUCCACUAAAGUCAAAUUCACAAGAUCCCCAAAUUUUAAAGCAGCUGCCUUUAAUGAACGCAGUUAAUAUGAAGAAUAAUGUUCAUUGUAUCGAAAAUGUUUUUUUUUUUUUU